CGUCCGUCCUUGAGCAAAUUUCACCGUGACCGCGUCCACAGGGCUCGUCUACACACAGAUAGGAGCUUCCAUUCUCUUGUCACGCUUAGACGUCUAGCCAAGUGGGGUUUAGGUCCCGAGCCUUCAGACGAAGCUAUAGCCCACGAAGUUACUGUGCGAAAAAGUAAGUUUUUAGCUAAACUUCCUUUCCCUUUUCUUUUUUGUAUACAUUUCUUAAUUUGUUCAUCUCGUCUUAGGAAUGUCAACGAUGAAGGAGAACAAAGGGAAGGAAAUUGCUGGAGAAGGGAAGCGUCCUGAGGGUAUGGCCCAGGAUCGUCCUGAGGGUCAGACGCGUCCAACGGCUGGGGACAAAAGAAAAUUCUUGCCAAAGAGUAUUGACCUGGAAGGGCUCCCCAGUCGUAGAGACAAAAGGGUUAAGCAGGGCUCGUCCAAGGUGGUUAAGUCAAAACCUCCUCAGUCUCAGCCUACCGUCCAGAUAGUCGACGUGGACUCGUCCACUCCAGUUGAAUCCACUCCGUCCAAGACUCCGCCCAGAACUCCUUUAGCCAAGUCUACUAUGCCUGGCUCGUCCCAGCCUUCUACGAACAUUAUUGAGAGCGAAGAUCUGGCUUGGGAACGUUUCCAGACAGCCGUCAAGGACGAGGAUAUAAACAUGUGCUAUAACAUGGGCUUGAAGGAAUUUGAACAUUCAGGCGUCCAUGACCUCUUCAAGGCCAUGUCAAAGCUCAUAGCAGCGUCUAGACAGGCAACGGAGCUGGACAAGACGAGAGUCUUGUUGGAGACAAGGAUUCAGGAGGUGAACGCUGACUGUAAGAAAUGGGCUGGGUUUGCUGAAAAAGCUAAGGACGAGGUCAAAGAGCGUAACAAGUUGAUUGAGGAGCUAAGGACGGAUGCAUUGGAGAAGGAAACGCGCAUUGAUCAUUUACAAAAGAUGAACAAUGAGUUGAAUGCUCGUCUUUCCAAGGCAAGAGAGGACGCCGUGGCUGAGUUCAAGUCGUCCAAAGAGUAUACAGACACUUUGGAUCGCAAUUAUGCAGCUGGUUUUGAAGAUUUCAGAAUGGACGCUGUUGAAAACUUCCCUGAAGUUGACUUCAGCGCAAUCAAGCUUAACCUUGCUGCUGCCACAAGCUCUCUCCUCCAGACCGGCUCUGAUGACGUCAACGUGGAAGACGACGCCAGUACUCAGCUUCCUCAGGACGAGCCUGCUGAGAAUGCUCCCCCUUCUUAA